GGUCCCCACUUGUACGAAAUAAGGUGUAACAGGAUAUUAUUCAUGUUCGGAUGCAUCAGCAGGACUAUAAUUCCUGACGGAUUUAAAGAGAAAAAAACACAGGCUUUCACUCUCUCUCUCUCUGAAAAAUCGCCUCUGCAAAUCACGUAGAAAGAUUGACGUUCACCGGCACCAGAUGAUCUGUAAAGUCGAAUUUGAGCUUCAAUUUCUGGGGAUUUGGGUCUUGUUUCCCAGUCGAUGGUUGUUAUUUGAUGCGGUUUUAUGACUUGGAUCGUCCAUCACCUUGUAAUGGUUAUGAAGAAGCUGAAUUUUGGCUCGAAGAUAUCUGGGGAAUUUUGAGGUCCAUGUUGUCAUUGCAACUGUAUAGAGUUUGCACCGAUAAGCAUUUCAAGGAUGCAUUGCAUUCACAUGCAGUGAAUGCAAAAGGUUUCAGACCUUCUGUUUAAUCCUUUGGAGUUUUCAUGGAUAUGUAAUUUUGAUUUUGAACUGAAAGGACCAUUGGCAGGGGAGAGAGAGGGAGAGAUUGAUUAUCAGCGACGGAUCCACUGAAGUUUGAUGGUUUCAUUCAUCUGUCCCAUUUGAUAGGCAUCUGGGUUUCUUGAGCUUCAAGCUCACAACCAUUCGAUCUUCCCCUGGGAACUUGCUCUUCUAGUACUCACCAAGCAUGGCGCAAGAGAGCUGGAAGAAAGAAACUGAUGAGACAGAAUGCCAGACACCUGGAUGCCCGAUCUUGUGCGUGAACAACUGUGGCUUCUUCGGCAGCGCUGCUACCAAUAACCUUUGCUCCAAAUGCUACAGAGAUCAGUUCAUGAAGCAACAGCUCAAGGCACCUCUGGUCGCGCCUGUCGUGGAGAAGCCGCCUGCUGCAACUAGUUCCGUGCAAUUUGAACCGGUUGUGGAAAGGGUGGAUAAGGUGGAAGGGCUCGAUGAUCCAAGUACUGAUGGGUCCACAUCCAUGGACAUGGGCAAGCAGCUCCCUAACCGUUGUGGGUCUUGCAAGAAGCGCGUUGGGCUGACCGGGUUCAAGUGCCGUUGUGGGGGGACAUUCUGUUCUGCCCAUCGGUACUCCGAGAAGCACGAGUGCUCCUUUGAUUACAGGAGUGCUGGCCGGGAUGCUAUUGCCAAGGCGAAUCCUCUUGUGAAAGCUGAAAAGAUUGAGAAGAUCUGAUGGGCAGUCUAUGGCUUGGCGAUCUAAGGAGAUGGAAGGUACUGCCAUGUUUAUGUGUUUGCAAUAGCAAAUCUCGUAAGCUACCUUUGUCUGAGGAGACCCAGCCUCGAGAGAAGAAAAAAAAAAAAAAUCCUCAUCUGGAUGUCCCCAUGUUUUCAGAUUUCCAAUAGGGAACUGGUAUUUACAUCCUCUCUUUUCGGUGUGCACACCCCUUUACACUACUUUGGGUAUUAGAAUGGUCUAGUUCCAAUGCUAUUCUAGUACACAGCCAGCGUAGAAAAAAAUGGUGUAUGCAUUAAAAAACUUAGGGUGCACAUGUCAUUUCCCUUUCUGAUAUAGUGUGAAGAUGCACAAUGUGAAAAUAAUUAAACAGAAGUUUCAGAAAACUGUCAUGUUAUAAUCGAUGUUUAUGGAUUGUCAUUCCCGACUUUCUUCUAUCA